UUGGCCUGAAGUUUCCAGGAAAGUAGCAAAUAAAUACAUUAGCCUAGCGUCAUCAAUCUAUUAUCCAUGUAGCAAACUCAACCGAGAAUCGAUAAAACUCGUUUUGUAAUUUGCUCUUCGAUGGCAGGAGCAUCUUCUGUAUCUUCUUCUUGUUGUUUUUUCUAAACUCAAAACAAAAAUCGAUAAAACUCGUUUUGUAAUUUUCUCCUCGAUGACAAGAGCAUCUUUUGUUUCCUCUAAGGGACCUCGAGUGUUCAUCAAUUUCAGGGGAAAAGACCUUCGGAAAACCUUCAUCUGCUUUCUUGUGACUGCCUUGAGAAAGGGAAACAUCAACGUGUAUAUAGACGAAGAUGAGGAGAGGGGCAAAAAGCUAACCACACUGUUUGAAAGGAUACGUGAGUCGGAAAUCGUCUUGGUUAUCUUCUCUGAAGGAUACACCGAGUCAAAAUGGUGUCUGGAUGAGCUGGUAGAGAUCACGGAACGCGUGGAACAAGAAAAGCUCAGAGUGAUUCCCAUCUUCUACAAGCUUGAUAUCGCCGUGGUUAAACAUUUUCAAGGUAAAUUCGGCGAUCAGUUAAAGGAUCUGGUAAGUAGAUGCGAUAAUACUAAACCAGAAUCAUCAUCCCAAAAAUGGAAGGAAGCUGUGGUAACUAUUUGCCAAAGGUUUGCCUUGAACUUGCCAGAAGACAGUGAUAAAACCGAUGAAGAAUUCAUAAGCAUAAUCGUCGAGGACGUUAGGAAAAUGCUGCUGGAUACCUCCGCAGGAAGAAAUGGGAAAACAUUACAAAAUGACAAGGCAUCAAAUGAGGAAGCAGUGGCAGAGCAGGUCAAAGUUGACAAGUCAAAAAACAUGACCAAAAUAUUACCCGUGCAACCGUAUGAGUCAAAAAUAUGGGUUCUUGAAGCAAGGGAACUUUCUAUUACAUGGUCACACAACCCCAUAUAUUGGCUCUGGAUCCCUCUCCGAUUAUUCCCUUCCCAAAACCAAAAAACUCCAAGGGAACCAGGUAAUAAGGAAGUUGCGUAUUUGAGAAAUGUUUGCUGGCUAAACAUAACUGGAAAGUUUGACACACAAUGUCUGUCCCCGAGAACAAGGUACGAGGUAGUGUUUGUAGUGGUAUGGAUUGGAAGCAAAUGGAAGGGACCAGUGAACGUACAGUUGGUCGUGCCCAAGAGUAUGGGGAAACUACAAGAGCGGAGUGUGAACAUAUAUGACAUUGAAACUAUCAAGUGGAUGGAUAUUCCGGUCGGUGAGUUCACCACGUUGAACAAAAAUAUGGGGGAAAUCUCUUUCGCAAUGUGGAAUUACGAUUGCGACCUGUGGAAGUCAGGGCUCUUCAUUAAAUGUGUUGAAAUUCGCCCCAAAUAAGUGUGGGGCGAAAACUUAUAUGAAUAUUAUGAUUUACUACAAAACUUCUUAGGAAAAUAUUGGUAAGAAAAUAUUAUGAUUUAUAAGUAUGUACUAGAUUUUAAUC